AUGGAAAACUACGACCCAUUCCCGGAAUUAAACAAAGAGUCGAAACGAACGUUCUAUUUACUCAUGCUCGGCAUGACCUUCGUCUACGCGGAUUCAAACUUAAUCGCGCCAAACUUGACGCAAAUGGCUCGAGAGUUUAAAUUCGACAACCAAACGAGAGACGAAAAACUGGGAGGCGAAAUAGCGUUCGCGUUCUUCCUAUUAGGCGUUCCGGCGUGCGUGUUGAUUGGGAUUUUAGCGGAUAAGUAUUCGAGAGUGAAGUUAUUCGCGUUCGCGAUAUUUCUCGGGCAGGGGCCGAAUUUGUUCAUAUCGGUGGUGAAGACGUACGAGCAGUUGUUGGCGAUACGAGCGCUGACCGGUAUAGCGGUUGGCGGGGCGCUACCUUUAGUGUUUUCGUUGAUUGGGGAUUUGUUUCCCGCGCACAGGCGAUCGCACGCGUCGGCGUUAGUUGGGGUGUGCAUGUCGUUUGGGGUCGGGAUGGGGCAAGGGAUCGCCGGGUACGUCGGGAGCGAGUACGGGUGGAGGACGCCGUUCGUCGUCGUCGCCGUGCCCGGGGUAAUCGUUGGAUUUUUGUUUUUAGCGUCGGUGAAAGAGCCGAAAAGAGGCAUUAUGGAUGGGAAUAGCUAUUCGAGCGAUGAUUUGGUCGGCGUCGCGGCGAGCGCCGGCGGCGGUACUCAUAGUAGCAGUCACGGUACGAUUAGCGGCGGCGGCGACGGCGACGGCGGCCAGAAUAACAAAGAAGCGUCCGUGUGGGAACAAAUAAAAACCGGCGCGCAAACGUCGUGGAUUUCCAUAAAGUGGGUCCUUGCGGUGCCCACGAACAAGUUCGCGUUAUUACAAGGUAUCCCUGGAUGCGUUCCGUGGUCGGUCAUCAAUGCCUUUAUGAACGAUUAUUUAGCCACGAAUAAAGGGUUAGGCGUUCCGCACGCGACCUCGAUCAUGCUCGGAUUUUCUUUGGGUGGGUUUUUGGGCAUGGUAUUCGGCGGCAUUCUCGGUCAAAAAGCGUACAACGAAUCCCCCAGGACCUUUUGCAACUCGAUGGCGAUUAUGGUCGUCCUCGGCGGCCUUCCGUGGUUAUAUUUGGUAAGCACCGACAACUACAAUGAUUCCUUCUUAAACAUGGCCUCGCACAUCACCAUCGCCGCUAUUGCCGGUAUUUUAUGCACGUAUACCGGCGUGAACGUCCGCGCGAUGGUCAUCCACGUCAACCCGCCGGACCAACGCGGCGCGGCGUUUUCCCUCUUCAACUUAACCGACGACCUCGGUCGAGGCUUCGGCCCGGCCAUCGUGGCGCAACUCGUCGGCUUAUUCGGUCGCGAGAAAGCCUUCAUGUUCAGUUUCAGCAGUUGGGGCGUCUGCGCCAUCCUCUUAUACUUCACCGGGUCGACGCUAGGUAAAGAUGCCGAAGACGUGCGCACAGGGGCGGUUUUGCACUCUCGAAACAUCCAUAGUAAUAACAACAACGGUGGUGGUUUUAAUAACGGGGCUUCUUCUUCUUCGGCUCACCAUCGCAUCCCGAGCGGCAACCACGAAGCCAUCCUCCGGCGCGGAACGACGACAUCGGACGAGGAGGAGAACAGAGGCUUGUUAUCCUCGCCAACGCACAGUCGGAGUAGCAGUCGCACUUCCACUGGUAGAAGAGAGUAA